GGCGGCGGCAGCUGCGGCGGCGGCGGCGGUUGGGGGAGGGGAAGGCAGAACGGCGUUACGCCACGCGAGAGACGGGGCUGGACCGAACGCGGGGAGCGGGGUCACGAACUCUGACCUCCCAGAUCCGGACCCGCCACCGACAAAUUAAACCCAAAGGAGUUGCUGCUGCGCCGCGGCUGUCAGGAGUCUCUAGAAAUUGAUUAUGUACACCAGAAGUGGAGUAUAACAUUGGUAUAUAGGAAACACUAGUGACUCAAGAUCAUGGCAACUAUUGAGGAAUUGGCCCAUCAAAUUAUUGAACAGCAGAUAGGGGAGAUAGCACAUUCCCAAGGAUCUGUCACACAAACACUAAUGGAUGGGACAGCACAAAGAAUUCAGAUUGUUCCUGCUGAUACAGGUCUCUCCUUACCCCAGCGCAUACAGAUUGUCACAGAUCAGCAGACGGGGCAGAAGAUUCAGAUUGUUACAGCACUUGAUCAGACUGCAACAGGCAAGCAGUUCAUAUUAACAAAUCAUGAUGGUUCUACCCCAAGCAAAGUGAUCCUUGCAAGACAAGAUGCCACUCCAGGAAAGGUUUUCCUAACAACUCCAGAUGCUGCAGGAGUCAACCAACUGUUUUUUGCAUCCCCAGAUAUAUCUGCACAACAUUUUCAGAUUUUAACAGACAAUUCUUCCAUAGAACAGACCCUAAAUAAAGUAUUUGAUCUCUGUGUUGUUUGUGGAGACAAGGCAUCAGGACGCCAUUAUGGAGCAGUGACAUGUGAAGGAUGCAAAGGAUUCUUUAAAAGAAGCAUACGAAAAAAUUUAGUGUAUUCAUGCCGUGGGACAAGAGACUGUGUGAUUAACAAACAUCACAGAAACAGAUGUCAGUACUGUAGACUUCAGAGAUGUAUUGCAUUUGGAAUGAAACAAGAUUCUCCACACCCUUUUGUAGCUGUUCAGUGUGAGAGGAAACCUGUUGAAGUAUCACGGGAAAAGUCUUCAAAUUGUGCAGCUUCUACAGAAAAGAUCUAUAUCCGAAAAGAUUUGCGGAGCCCACUUACAGCCACUCCAACUUUUGUAACAGACAGUGAAACAGCAAGAUCAACAGGAAUGUUGGAGUCCGGAAUGUUUGUGAACAUUCAUCAGUCUGGUAUAAAAAAUGAGCCUGCAGUGUUGAUGACUCAGGAUAAGGUUGAAACAUGUCAAGGAGAUUUAAGUACUUUAGCAAAUGUGGUCACAUCAUUAGCAAGUCUAAGCAAGUCCAAAGACAUGCCCCAAAGUAGUCCCGAACUGUCCAUGAUAGAAAGCUUAAGCAAUGGAGACACAUCACUGUCUGAACUUCAGCAAGAUGAACAUGCAAGUACUGAUGUUACAAGGGCAUUUGAUACUCUUGCAAAAGCACUAAAUCCAGGAGAGAGCACAUCGUGUCAGAGUUCUGCAGAAAGUAUGGAAGCCAGCGCACGUUUGGUUGGUGAAGAAGCCAGCAUGAAUAUUGUUGAAAUAGAAGGCCCACUUCUGAGUGACACUCAUGUAGCUUUCAGGCUUACCAUGCCUUCCCCUAUGCCUGAGUACCUGAAUGUUCAUUAUAUUUGUGAAUCGGCUUCCAGAUUGCUCUUCUUAUCUAUGCACUGGGCACGUUCUAUUCCUUCCUUCCAAGCUCUGGGGCAGGAUAACAGCAUAUCAUUAGUGAAAGCCUGCUGGAACGAACUUUUUACACUUGGUCUUGCACAGUGUUCACAAGUAAUGAACGUAGCAACUAUAUUAACGGCAUUUGUUAAUCACCUUCAUAAUAGUUUACAACAAGAUAAACUGUCAGCAGAUAGAGGAAAGCUAGUGAUGGAGCAUAUCUUCAAACUGCAGGAGUUCUGUAACAGUAUGGUGAAGCUUUGCCUUGAUGGUUAUGAAUACGCUUAUUUGAAAGCAAUCGUCCUUUUCAGCCCCGAUCACCCUGGCUUAGAAAACAUUGUACAGAUCGAAAAAUUUCAAGAAAAAGCAUAUAUGGAAUUUCAGGAUUAUGUAACAAAAGUAUAUCCAGAUGAUACUUACAGGCUGUCUAGGCUGCUUCUCAGAUUGCCUGCUCUGAGACUGAUGAGUGCUGCUAUAACUGAAGAACUGUUUUUCGCAGGACUAAUUGGGAAUGUUCAGAUUGACAGCAUCAUACCAUAUAUUCUAAGAAUGGAGACUGCAGACUACAAUUCUCAAAUAAUUGGUCAUGCUGUAUAAAAGUUAAAACCACGGAUUCUAUACCAUGGCAAUCAUGGUAAUUGUAAAUGUACACUAUCUCCAAGAGAUAACAAGUUUUUCUGUGCAAUUUUAACAAGAAAAAUACAAGAAGGUGCAGCUUCCUCAUUACCAACACAUUCUGGAAACACAGUAGACUAUCUUGACUGGUGCAGGAUGAUUUACCUUUUAUCUGGUUUUCAAGAACUUUGUAUAUUGCUUUAGAAUCUAAUGAAAAUCAAGAAGAGCAGUUCAUCCUAUUUUUGUAGUUUAGCUAUACCUGGAACAUGACUAUAACAAAUUCUAUAAAAUGUAGAAAAACAAGCCUUUGAUAAUGGAGAAACUUCAUUGAGGCAUUUCCAUGUGAUACUUUAGAAACAAAAAAUAAACAUUCUUCCCAAUGCUGUAUUUUCAGUAUCUUGUUUCUACAAAUUCAUUCUUGUCCGUUUGAUGUAAGUCUGAAAUCCUGAACAAGGCAACUGAUUUCUGAUGUGACUGAGGGUUGCAUCCCAUGUUAGUCAUACUCAGAGUAGACCCGCUGAAAUGAAUGGACUAGACUAACUUCAAUUUAUUAAUUUCAGAGGGUCUAUUCCGAGUAGCCUAGGUGGACUUUAAACCCUGGACUACAAAGCUUUGGAUAUAUUUCCAGUAGCUUUGGAUGGAACUUAAACAUUUUUAUUAGCCAAGUAGCAUUUAUUUAAAUUGAAGAUUAAUUACAGAAAAGCUGGAAAACUGGCUUGAAAGCCUAUUAGUGCCCCAAAGCAAUGAUUAUAUUUAGAUUGACUUCAGUCACAAAUAGUUAUGUUCAGAGUUAUAUCCACUGCUAAUAUGAUUUAGAAGUAAAAAAAAAAUCUAGAUACCUUAAAUGUAUCAGAUAAGUAUUGUGUGUUAUUUCCUGAGUCCUGUUAUAUUAUUUACAUAUGCAAAUCAGUUCACCAGUGCCAACUAGGUCUUUUUAGUAAUAUUUGUGCCCGUACAUCUAACUAGGAAAUUGAUUGAUUAUAAGUGUUAAGGUGCAAAUGAGCAUAUGAGCCAUCUCACACAAACUUACCAUUCAUAUUGGAAUUAGAUUUCCUUUAGCAAUCCUGUCUUUUCCUGAAAGUUGAAACAAGUUUCAAGUUCUCAUAA